AUCACAUAUGACGGAGAUCGCAGCUAUAGACUUUCAGUAUUUUCUGAUGAAGCUGUACCACUUUUUGGACCAGGGUUACCUUGUCCUCCUGUUUUUGAUGACGCUAGGCUGUUCCGGGAGUUCCUUCUUGUCAAGCUAAUCAAUGGAGAGAAGGCGGCUUUUGAAACUCCAACGUUUGCUAGGAAACGACAAAGAACUUUGGAUAUGCUCAUCAAGGAUUUGUACUCGGAACACAUGACUGAUGCUAGAAUGACGAUGCUUAAUCGUAGAGCCUUCUCCGACGUGCUAGCAGACACUCCCCGUCACUCCCGGCUGAAGGAAGACUCAAGACAAAUCGAGUUCGUCCGAAUUGGUCAAGCCUUGAAGCUGGAAGCCAUCGUGAGAGGAGACGCUCCUACCAGUCUGGCUUCGGCAGGGGGUGUCAGUCCGGGGGUGGUUUUCAAACGUAGCCCUUGGGAGGCCAACUGCUUCUAUCCGGUAUUUCCUGCACAGGCGGUCACUGCAGCUGAUUCGUGGGGGGAGAACAGGCUGAUUGUGGCUGCAGAAGAGGGCACGUAUAUUAUGGCAACACUCAUCGUUUAAUAUUCGACAAGACACUGCAAGUGCGUCAAAUAAGCGUCGUCGAGCCUCACGGUAUCCUCCUUUUGAGAGCUGGGGCUGUAAACAAAGAGGGUAAAAUCUAUGUAUUCCGGCUGUCUCAAAUAGAAACCAUGACGGAACCGAAAAGCAGGAUGGACGUCAAAGAGCACAGGCUGGAGAAGACCAGGGGCGUACAUCUAUACGCUUUGUCUAGACCAGGAGGAGCAAGGUUAAGAAUGUGCGUGGCGAUAGGCAGAAAGCUGCUCAUGUUCCAGUGGAAACAUUCAGCUGCAUGGACAGCAUGGUGUCCUUCAAGUGACACUGACACUGUCGAAGGGUUCUCAUUCUUAUGGGAGGUUACACUAACAGAGCAUCCAACCCUCUUGACGGUUCUCGACGCGGGAUGGUCUCCUAGAUCCCCAGGACAUCAUUCUAUCGCUGAUGCUUACGUGUGCGUAGGCUACAAGCAUCAUUGGGACGUUGUAAAUGGGCGAACUGGACAAGCAAGGCACCUACAUGCAGUUGACGCUGCUAGAACUAGGUUGGUCGCAGCUGUGGAUUUGUACGAGGACCAAGAAGUACAACUGUUGCUAUGCUACAAUCAUACAUGCCAUUUCCAGAAACUGAAUGAAGAUAGUUCGCCAUCCACUAAUUACGAUUUCCAUUGGAAUUCAGUACCAUGUGAUAUAGUGUGCGCAUUCCCAUACGUCAUAGCUUUCACCUCAAACUCGAUGGAAAUUCGGCUCAUAGUGAACGGCAACCUGAUUCACACUAUGACGAUGCCGAAGCUGCAGCUAAUCGCAUCGAAGAACGACAUUUUCUUCUGUACGACAGCACCGGAGUUCUUUCCAAACAAGACGGAUCGGUUGUUGAUGGUUGAAGUCAGACAGCAGGAGCUGCAGAAGCAUUCACCUCCUUCCAGCCCAAAUGCGUCUCCCGACAUCCGACCUUUACGCAUCUACCGAAUCCCCCUACACGCCCUGAGUCGUCCUGCUGCAGCAACCCACCACCACCCUUCAGCAACCGCAUCGCCAGCGACCCCCGCCUGGCGUUCGGCCGACUCGAAGUUGGCGCCGCCCCCGGUUGUCACGGGAGGAGCCACGACCAAUGGCGGCAGUACUUCCCCCACUCCCGAUGCGUCGACGCCACACCACCACCACUCACAUGUCAGGGUGUCGAGAAGCGCCACUAGCUCACCUAUACCGCCCAAUAAAGCGAAAGCUCCGCCCAAUGCUAAGUAGAGCGUGUAAAAAGGAGACGGAGCCUCAUGGGCGGAUGGGAAACAAGAUUAUGAAUAUAAAUAGUUGUGCAAUGAGUUGGAUAUGAAGAAGAGAAUCAGUUUUUGAAGUUGAUGGAG